GUGGCGGAGACUAAGAAAGAAGAGGGAAAUAAACUCUACAAACAGAAGAAAUAUCACGAAGCGCUCAAACAGUACUCUUCGGCCAUCGAGUCGUGUCCAAACAUACCCUCCUAUUACGGCAAUCGGAGCGCCUGUCUUAUGAUGAUUUGCAAGUAUAAGGAGGCGCUCGACGACAUCCAAAAGGCAACCAAAUUGGACCCGAGUUUCACCAAAGGAUACCUUCGAGAAGCGAAAUGCCAUUUACUGUUCGGCGACACGACAUCCGCCGGCCGUUGUUUACAAACCGUCAAAACCUUAGAUCCGAGUAAUACAGCCUUAAUUCAGGACAAGAAAACACUGGAACUGCUGGAAAAGCACGUCAACGAAUCCAAACGAUAUUUUGACAAAAGUGAUUAUCGGUCGGCACUCUAUAACAUCAAGAAUGCCAUUUCAGUGGCCACUCAGUGCACAGCCUUUAAGUUAAUAAAAGCCGAGUGUUUAGUAAUGAUGUCUAAACACAGCGAAGCCCAGGAAAUAGUAAACGAUAUCUUAAGAUUCGACGGAAUGAAUGCGGACGCGCUUUACAUCAGAGGAAUGACUCUAUACUACACGGAUAACGUGGACAAAGCGUUUUCACACUUCCAACAGGUGUUGGUCUUCAAUCCAGACCACGAAAAGGCCAAACAGAUCUACAGGAAAGCCAAACAACUGGUGUCUCAGAAACAGGAGGGAAACAAUGCAAUCAAACAGAAUAAGAUCGACGACGCGCUCCGAAUAUACACCAACGCUCUCACAAUUGAUCCGUUAAAUAGUUUAACAAAUGCUAAACUUUAUUUCAAUCGGUCCAUCGUUUACGCAAAGCUUAAGAAACUUGCGGAAGCGAUCAAUGACUGUUCCAAAGCUAUUGAAUUAGACGAAAGUUAUAUCAAAGCCUACUUAAGAAGAGGUAAACUAUCUAUGGAUUCGGAACUAUACGAAGAGGCCGUUCGUGACUACGAGACUGUCCUCAAGAAAGAGAAAACCAGAGAACACAAACAACUGUUAGAUACGGCAAAAUUAGAGCUCAAGAAAUCUAAACGAAAAGAUUACUACAAAAUUCUGGGCGUUUCUAAAACGGCAACCGAUGAUGAAUUAAAGAAAGCAUACAAAGUACAGGCCCUCAAACACCAUCCCGACAGACACACCACUGACACCGAUGACGAGAAAAAGGAGGCCGAAAGGAAGUUCAAAGAAGUCGGUGAAGCCUACGCUGUACUGACGGAUCCCAAGAAGAGAUCGCGUUAUGAUAACGGGCACGAUCUGGACGGCGGCGGAAUGGAUGGCUUCGACAUCGAUCCCAAUAAUCUGUUCCAAGCGUUUUGGAGCACUGGCGGAGCGCCGAGUGGUUUUAGCUCGAGUCAGGGCCCCUUUCACUACACCUUCUCCCAGGGGGGCAACCAUUCGGGUGCGGGUCAACACGGCUUCUCGUUCAACAACUUUCCCUUUUAAUAACACUUUAUUUGAAAUCAAAAUUUAUAUUAUAAAAUAAAUCCACGGCUCUAUUAUAUAAUCAAUAUUUAAAUAAAAUAUACAAAAUCUUUUAGUAGAAAUGAAU